UGAUUGAAACGACAGUAUGAUGGCGGCUCCCAUGUCAUGGAGGAGGCUGGUGUACUCGGUGUACAAACCGGUCCUGACCGGGGUUUUCACCCGCAUAUCAGACCGAUUCUUCCGCACGCGGGAUCGAAGGAGAGGGUCAUCUGUUCUGCUCCUAGCCCCUCUCCUUGCAGAGACCGAUCUCUCUCCACUGCCUGUCUUCAGAUCCCCUGGGUCGACUGGAGCUCAGGGCACAGAUGGCCUCCAUGCCCGCUUCUGCUGGAUGGCUGAACAUGUGCCUGCCUUCAGGGUGCCUGGUUCACACAUCCACAUCCUCAACUCCCCGGACCAGUUCUACCAGUCCAUGAAGGCUCGUAUAAAGACGGCUAAGAAGCGAGUGGUAAUGGCCUCGCUUUAUCUGGGUACAGGACCCCUGGAACGGGACCUGGUGGACUGUAUGCAGGAGGCUUUGGAGCGUUCCCAGGAAGAGGGUGACAACCCCGAUCUGCAGGUCUCUGUUCUACUGGACUACACACGUGGCUCACGAGGGGAGACUAACUCCAGGACCAUGUUGCUGCCGUUGCUACAGCGGUAUGGCCGUCAGGUACGCGUGUCUUUGUACCACACCCCGGAUCUGAGAGGCCUGCUCAGGCUCCUGGUCCCACAGCGCUUCAACGAGACCAUUGGGGUACAGCAUAUCAAAGUCUACCUGUUUGACGAUGACCUCAUCAUCAGCGGGGCCAACCUGAGUGACUCGUACUUCACCAACAGACAAGAUCGCUAUGUGCUCUUGGAGAACUGUGGAGAAGUGGCAGACUUCUUCUCUGAUCUGGUGGGCGCCGUGGGAGACGUGUCACUGCAGCUAAAGCCCGACAACUCUGUCGACAUGAUUGACGGCAUGGUGCACCCCUACAGAGGAAACCGGGAUGAUUUCUCAACGUCAGCCCGGCGACACAUCAUGACCGCAGUGAACACUGCUCGAACGCGGCAGCAUGUCUCAGAAUCACGCCGUUCGGAGAGGGAGGGGGUUGAGGGGGAAGGAGAAGACCGAGGGAAGGAGGACACUUGGGUAUUUCCUUUAAUUCAGAUGAAACCCCUCGGAAUACAGGUGGAUGAGCAGAUCACACAGCGGUUGCUGACUGACGCAGAUGCCGGGGCCACAGUGUUCCUGACCUCCGGGUAUUUCAACCUGACUAGGGCAUACAUGUCGCUGGUUCUGAAGGCGGGCGCUGACUACCGGAUCCUCACUGCCUCUCCGGAGGUCAACGGGUUUUUCGGCGCCAAGGGAAUUGCUGGGGAGAUCCCAUCGGCCUACAUCCACAUUGCCAGACAGUUCUACACCAAAGUGUCCCAGCUGGGACAGCAGGAGAGAGUUCACCUCUACGAGUACCACCGAGCACAAUGGACUUUUCAUGCCAAGGGGCUGUGGUACUACCUGCGGGGGCAGGUGUGGCCGUGCCUGACUCUGAUUGGUUCUCCUAACUUUGGCUAUCGGUCUGUGCACCGGGACCUUGAGGCCCAGAUCGCUAUUGUAACAGAAAACCAGGAACUGCAGGCCCAGCUGCAGGAGGAGCAGGAGAUGUUGUACCAGAGGUCUACAGAGGUGUCCAGCUCUACAUUCCAGCAGCCAGAUCGCCACGUAAAGCUGUGGGUCAAACUGAUCACUCCACUUAUCAAGAACUUCUUCUGAAAGACUCACUCAGCCAAUAACAGGUAGCGAUAGCCCUUUCAGUAUGACCAACGGCAGUUUGGCCAUGGAAGGAAAAAAACUUUGUGCUGGAUUUUGGCAACCCCAUAUGGCUCUUGAACAAUAAAAAAAAGUGUCCACACCUGGACAACACACACACACACCAGUGCUAGCUCAACAGUACUUUUUCAAAAAGUACUGAAUUACUAAUUCCUGUUCAGUAAAAAUCAACCAGUCACUGCUGUGUACCAGCCUGCAGUCUCAACCCAACCUAGGCUGCUUUAUCUGAUUUGGGUUAAGUUUAAUGAUUAAAAGUUUGGGUUAGGAUAAUAUACUAGGUAUUGUCGGUAUUCCCUUUGAUAGUGAAACCAACAGGUGUGUAUAUUUAUCUUUCUCUGCAGGAAGUGUUGUUUUUGUUAAGGUGACGGUAAAUGGUCUUGUUAUCAUGUUAUGUCACUCGGUGUGACAAAGUGUCAGUGUAUGGGAUCAGUCGCUGAGGAUUGGCCACAUUCCUUCUCAUACUGUGAAGUACUAGAGGAAAUGUCACCACAUUCAUGCAAAUACAUGGUCAUAGAUGGUAUCUAACUGUAGGGUAUUUUUGUUCCCACGGCUAUGAGUACUGUCUGAUCUAAAAUAAAUUAGAAGUCUCUUAUCUCUCACUUACAGGAGGUUCAGCUCAGCAUGCACAUCAGGCGGUUGUCUAGGGCGGCAGAUUGACAUGCUAAUAAUUACAUGGAUUCACCUUUAAUAACACUUCACCUGCACCAAAACAAGAGGGAUAAUAAUACAAUGUUGCAGUUCUGCUGCAAACUGUUGCAUUUAUUGCCAGGCCCAAAUAAAUGUAACUGUAAGAUGAUGAAAAAAUUUAAGGGGACGUCUCAAACUUAGCGGAAUUAAAUCAACAAAAAAAAGCUAUUAAAAUUGCACAAUAAUUCACUACACUAUGCUGCUUGUUUUCUCACUUAAAGGUUUGCUAUUUUUGAACCUGGGACCUUUUUUCUGAUUUAUCUAGCAUAAUCCUCGACUGUG